AUGACAGGGAGACAGGAGAUUCGUAUUGGAAAUUGCUCUGGUGCUGCCGGCGAUGGCCCCGGCCAAAUUUACCGUUUGGCCACUGAAGGUCCACUGGACGCCGUGUUUGCCGAUUAUCUAGCUGAAGCGAAACAAGCAGAAGUCGAGGCCGCUCAGAAGGCUGGCACAGCUGAACAGUUCCCUCACCUGGACAUUGACGGCCAAGAUCUGAGCGCAUCAGAGAAUCGUGUUGUGUCAGCAAACGCGUGGCACGGUUGGUCUGACAUGGACUAUGACGGACUCGCUGGAGGGCUGAUUGCUGGGCACUUGACAGAAUGUGGCCCUUAUACAACAGGAGGUAAUUUCUGGGGCUUCAAGUCCAUCCCCAAUCCUGUCCGAGUGGGAUAUCUCAUAGUGGAGGUAUAUGAUGACGGUAGCUCUGUUAUUACUAUGCACCCCGGAAGCAAUGGCGCUGUUGCAGUCGACACCGUCAAGGCUCAAUUGGUCUACGAAGUCCAAGGACCAAACUAUCUCAACCCCGACGUUGUAGCUCACCUUGAAGACAUAAGGAUCGACCAAGAUACCACAAAUCGGGUACGUGAGACCAGCGUGAAGGGAGGCCGGCCACCCCCAACAACCAAGCUUGCCGUUUGUGGCUUUGGAGGUUACCAGGCUGAGAUAUGCACGUUUGCUGUUGGACUUGACAUCAAGGAGAAGGUUGAGCUUCAGCGAAAGCAAAUCCUGGACUAUCUAGAUCAGUCGCUCUUCUCAACUAUUGCUAUCGAUGCGUAUGGAAGCGUGCCUGAGGAUCCCAAAUCACAGAAGGAGACGGCAGUCAUGAUUCGUCACUUCGUCCAUUAUCGAUGGCUUUACCGAGAGCUUUGGGGAAUUUGUGCGUGCACGGCAGGUAGAGAUUCCGGUGCAGUUCUUGGAGAGGCCUUGGUUAUAGUAGGAAGACACGUAUAA